CCUCUUCCGAAUUGAACACAAACAAUUCGACUGCACCUACCAGAUUCUAAUUGUACUGCAAAAAUGGCAAUUGCAACUCUUGGAAAGAGGACACGAAGCUCUGGGGAUGAGGAGCCGACAUUGAGUCUCGACUUCUCCGCGAAACGCUCGAGACGGACUCCGAAAAAGGCCAGCGAGAAGGAGCACAUCUCGGUCCACGAUAAGGAGAACCAGGAGAAUAAUCAACCAGAGUCGGAUUCCCAGGGGGAGGCUGAGCCUACACCCACGAAGUCUCACUCCAGACGCACCUCGAUCGCCAGUACUGUUAGAAGUUCCACCGUCGCCCCUGUCACUCCCUCAACACCACGCCACUACGAUGUCUUCGCUAGGGGGACAACAACUCCUCGUCACCGGGUUAUGUCGGUCGGUAGACUCUCGAAGCGGAUGACACCCCAGACGCCCCUCACCCCGACUACUCUUCAAACGGUUUACCACCAGGCGAGGCAGCUAUUCUCGCGCAGCACAGAUCCCGGACAACUAAUCGGACGCGACGACGAGCGCGCUCAAUUACACAAGUUCCUUGAACGCUGCAACACAAGCCGUCCCAGCGGAUGCCUUUACGUCAGCGGCCCCCCCGGUACAGGCAAGAGCGCCAUGGUCAACAGCAUUACCGACGAAGUGGUCUCCGGAUCGGAUUCUGUACGAAAGGCCUACAUCAACUGCAUGAGCAUCAAGUCGUCCAAGGAUCUGUACAUCACUCUGCUGGACCAACUCGGCGGAGACGCUGACAUGUCCGAGGACGAUGUUGUCGAGGCUUUGCAGAAGCUCUUCGUCCGCAAGAAGACCACUGAUGUUUUUCUGGUCGUGCUGGACGAGAUCGAUCACAUCCUGACCAUGGAUCCCGAGAGUCUCUACCGCGUGUUCGAAUGGUCGCUGCUGCAAACCGCGCGUCUUACCAUGGUGGGCAUCGCCAACGCGCUGGACCUCACCGACCGCUUCCUCCCUCGGCUCAAGUCGCGCAACCUCAAGCCCGAACUCCUCCCGUUCCUUCCAUAUACCGCACCCCAGGUCAAACGGAUCAUUACGGAACGCCUUAAGACUCUCGCCCCCAAGGGUUCCACCCCCGAUUUCAUCCCCUUCUUCCAUCCGGCGGCCAUUGAGCUCUGCUCGCGCAAAGUCUCCAGCCAGACCGGCGACCUGCGCCGUGCGUUCGAAGUCUGCCGUCGCGCCCUCGACCUGGUGGAGUCCGAGACCCGCAUGAAGCACGAAAAUGAGAUCAAAGAGAAUCUCCUCCAACAGAGCCCGUCCCGCAAGGUCCUCGGCGAGAACCGCAACUUUGCCUCCCCAGCCCGGCCCUCGGGAGCCCAGCAGCUCCAGAAAUCUCUCCAGACUCUCACCGUCUCCACCGCCCCGCGCGUGUCCAUAGCCCACCUCAACAAAGUCACCGCCGCAGCCUUCAGCAACGGUGCUAGCCAGCGACUCAAGACCCUCAACCUGCAGCAAAAGGCAGCCCUGUGCUCACUCAUGGCCAUUGAAAAGCGCAACCGUGCCACCCAGGCCGCCUCCGCCCCCACCACCCCCUCUUCCUCCAGAACGCGCGGCGUGACGGCGCCGACAAUCAAGACCCUCUACGCCUCGUACUGCACCCUCUGCACGCAGGACUCGCUCCUCCACCCUCUCUCGUCCUCCGAGUUCCGCGAGGUCGUGGGUAGCCUGGAGACGCUUUCGCUAGUCGCGCCCGUGGACGGCAAGACUGGCUCGUUCGUGGCGCUACUGCAAGGCGGCACGCCCACCCCCAAGCGCGGCAGGAAGAAGAAGGAUGUUUUUGCCUUUGGCGGGAGCGGUGGCGGUGGGCUCGCCGCCGACGAGAAGAGGGUUGCUAGCUGUGUUGGGGAGCGGGAGAUGGAAGGGGCCGUGGAGGGGCUGGGGGCCGGGAUUUUGAGGGGGAUUCUGAGCGGAGAUGCCUUGGAUUAAUCGUAUGGCUUUUGUAUUUUGAGAUGGAUGCGGGUUGCUUUUGACAGUUCUGGGGGCAUGGGUGGCUUGCAUAGCAUGGCAGAGUAUUGCAUAGGCUGGUGUAGCAUUGUUUGGCGUUUGCGGUGUUGGAUUUGGUUUGGAAAAGGGGUGGUGUUGGAGAGCAUUGUUAUAUAGACCACGUCACUGCCUGCUGGGGGCGAGACAAAUACAUGUGAU